CUCGGAGUAAGGAAUUAGCUGAAGUAUUGAAGUUGAAGAAAUCAUGAGACUCAUCUUUGUUUUUGGCACCGUCAGCUGCCUGAUUGGUGUAUCAUAUGCAACAGUGAAUUCGAAAUGCUCAGAAACAACAGAGUGUAACACCACCCAGAAUGAAAUAUGCGAGCAUGGAUACUGUAAGAUAAAAAUUCAGGGUACGUGUUUUGUGGACCAGACCCCAACACCAACGGAAGCUCCUCCACCACAAGCUGGUGGUAAUGGUCCAACGCUUGCACCAGUAGGAAAUUCCGGAGUAAAUGGCACCACGACUACCAAACCCACAUCUGAAACAUUACCACCUAAAACGGGAGCUGGUGCUACCAAUCAAUCCAACACCACAACAAAGACGCCUUCAACAUCACAAACAAUAUCAACAGCUAACACCACAGCCAGCACAGCGACAAAACAACCAACAACCACAUUGACACCGAAACCAACAACAGUUCAACGAAGAAAGCGUCGGGAUGCAUCGUCAACAACCCAAACAAUGGCACAAAUGACUGACAAACAGGAAUGCGUAGAAAAUUCUUCGUGUAUAAAGACGGCUGGAAGCUCAAACAUGACUUGUCAAUGUAAGGAUGGAUUUGCCAAUGACAACGGCUUCUGUCAAGCACAAAGCUCAGCAUCAAGUCUGCGAUUGGGAUUUUUCACUGCUGUGAUGGCGACUCUAUUUGUGUGUGUUAGCUUGUAAAGGGAUUGUUUUGUGUUGUGGGGUUGUUUGAAAAAGCCUUUGUGGAUCAUCUCAUUAACGACAGAUAUCAUUUUAUGACACAACUGGUAAGCUAUCGUCAUUCUUUUACAAGUACCAUAUAUUUAUUCUAAAAAAUUGUGCCUUAAUAAUUUAACAUAAGAAGGUGCAUCAAUAUCGAACAAGUUAAUCGCGACUACCGGAGAUGGGUGAUUCAUUAUUUUAUUUUGUAAUUGUCUGGCGUUGGCAUUUAAUAAAAUGUGUUUAAAGCUUUUAUGAAAUAUAAGUGUACCCAUGUUGUAUAAUGCCCUUCAAAAUCUGGGAAAUACAGAUCUAUCUUUAAUACCAAGAAGAUUUGACGUCACAUUGCCCACUGACUUCAAGAUCACUAAAAUACCCGAUUUUGCCUGUCGCUGUUCAUUAAUGACUUCAAAUGGUUCUACGAUGCCCAUUUCUGCUGCUUACGCUAUUCAAUUUUGAAGUAGUACUUUUAUUUUACGUCCUAUUUACUAUACGCCUAAUUUCUAUAUAUUGCGGUUCAAGUGAUUUACUUCACAGCUGUUACAACUUGAGAAUUAAAAUCGACAAAGGCUUUUUCAAAACAUGUAUUGACAGUAUCCGUCCACAAAAUGGCUUGAAAACAUGUAUAAUUCCAGUAGAUAUGAACAUUGGGUUUUGAAAUGUCGAAACUCUAGUAGACGAGUUACUUGUAAACUUCCUUUGCCUGAUGACGCAGUUUGCAGAUACCAAGGUCACAAGGACUUACACGCAACAGAGUGCAGCUUUUUAUACUGGUGAUUGUAUCUUGUUUUCGCCUUUUGUAUGUUUCAGUUGAGUCAAUAAAAUAUAUUUUCAUAA